AUGCCAGCGGACAACGAUCACCACGAACCGGAAACCCCGGCCACGCAACGAUUGACCAACGAUGAUUUCCGUAAGCUUCUUAUGACACCCAGAGCGCCUCCCGGAUCAGGACAUGGCGCUGGUUCAAUACGCGAUGCGAUGUCCAAGGCGUCAUCUGCAUCUUCUGCUGGAACGGCUGGAACACCAGCAUCGUCAUCGUCCUCCAUGAAGCCACCGUCGUCCGAAAGACACGAAGCUCGUCGUAAAAAGAAAAAUUUUUAUGCUCAACUGAAAAAGCAGGAAGACAACAAGCUAGCGGAGCUGGCUGAAAAGUACCGCGAUCGGGCCAGAGAACGACGGGACGGUGCAAAUCCAGACUAUCAGAAUUUGGACUCGUCUAGCUCCACGAGUGCUUAUCGCGCGGUGGCACCAGAUGUGAAAUCAGGCCUGAACGCGGCUGAACGGCGUCGCCAACAGAUACAGGAGUCGAAAUUCUUGGGUGGUGACAUGGAGCACACUCACUUGGUGAAGGGUCUGGAUUAUGCGCUGCUUCAAAAAGUUCGUAGCGAAAUCAUAGCUAAAGAAAACGAGCAGGAAGAAGAGAUGGAAAAGCUCGUCGACAUUGAACCGUCUGCGGAAGUUCCAAUGCCAGCCGUAGCGGCACAACGAGGCGGUGCUGCCAGUAACGUAGAUAAGGAGCUUCAGGAUGAUUUAGAGUUUCGAAGCGUGCUCGGACAAAACAUUUAUCGCACCUUGGAAAAGCAACGCUCAAGGACGAUAGAGCGCAAUGAAAUGUUUGCACCCGGUCGAAUGGCGUACCACAUUGAGCUGGAGGAUGAAAAUGUCGACUCAGACAUCCCGACCACCGUUAUUCGAUCAAAGGCAGAAGUACCUUUAGAUGUAGGGGAUACACAAACGCUAACUACGAACGAUAUCGUAAUUAAUAAGCUUGCUCAAAUAUUGUCCUACUUGCGCCAGGGAGGAAGGGGCAAGAAAAAUAAACGUCGCGAUAAGGAUAAGCCUCUUUUCAAGCUCAGCGAUGAAACGGGAACCAAAGGCAUGGCGGACGACUCGAUCUAUGGUGAGAUUGGAGAUUAUCAACCGAAUCGACGAUAUGAAGACGUAGCCGGAUCAUCAAAGCUAGAAGGAAAUACGGGUCGUCAUAGCUACUUCGAUAAGUACAACGACGAUGCAACCGUUGCACGUGAUUCUGCUGCCAUACCUCCCAUUCCGGCGCCACCCAAACUAUCGGCCCAACUGAUCACUAAGCUUACUGCGGAGCCUGAAGGUUACGCAGAAUGCUAUCCCGGUUUACAGGAGAUGAAUGAUGCAAUAGACGAUUCGGAUGACGAGGUCGACUACACGAAGAUGGAUCUCGGAAACAAGAAGGGCCCGAUUGGGCGUUGGGAUUUUGACACACAGGAAGAGUAUUCGGAGUACAUGAGCAGCAAGGAGGCGCUACCGAAGGCAGCCUUCCAAUAUGGUGUAAAAAUGCAAGACGGUCGCAAGACGCGAAAACACAAAACCGAGAAAAACGAGAAGGCCGAGUUGGACCGGGAAUGGCAGCAAAUUCAGAACAUUAUUCAAAAACGUAAGGCCAAAUCAGGGGGUGAUGAGGAUGUCAAUUUUAAAAAAUCAAAGUAUUAG